AUGGCGGCGGCCGGCGGCACCUCCUCCGACGAUGUCCCCGUCAUCCAGGCGGAGAACCUCACCAGCAACGUCAGGUCCAUCCUCUACAGUCGGACAUUCUUGUCGAUCAUCAGUGGAGUUGUUGCUGGUAUCUGGGGGUUCACGGGUCUGACGGGCUUCGUCUUCUACUUUCUGAUAAUGAUGGUAGCAUCUAUUGGGCUCUUGGCAAAGUCAAAGUUCUCAGUCCACACGUACUUUGAUAGUUGGAGCAGGAUUUUAGUCGAAGGGGUUUUGGCCGGCCUUAUGUCCUUCGUGCUGUUCUGGACAUUUGCGUACGAUAUCGUCCACAUUUUCUGA